AUGUAUUCCAGCAAGAAGGCUUAUUCAAAGGUUGUUUUGGCUGUGGUCACUAUUCAGAAGAACUGGAGAGCCUAUUCAGGGCGUAAACGCAAGAUCUUCACCAGGGCAAUCAUUCAUGAAGAGGGAAUCGAGGUGGAACAAGUACAACAGUUGACCUGGUUGAAACGGCUUCGCACAAUUUCUGCAGUUCUUGUCCAAACCUGGUAUCGAGCAAACAAAGAAAGAAGAAAGUACCUCAGUCUGCAACGCAAGAGGGCAGAACAAAGGGCAGAACAACAGCCCGCUGUUCCCGUUGGAUCCAAAUCACCAAUUCAAGAUCCUUCCAUUGGGGCCAACUCUGUGGAUACAGUCAGAGUCGAUGAGGCAACACACAUCACUCUACUGUCCCCAUUGUGGCUUUUUCGCCCAGAAGUUGUACUGUCGAUGCCUGUGUCGAUUGCCUCUUGUCUAGAUUCCUCCCGGGCAGCCAAAGCAACUGGUACAAUGGAUAUGAGCACGUCGUUCCAUGGCGCCAAACAGGAGGAAACUGUAGCGGACGAGAUCAGACCUUCGACAAACAACACGAAGGAGGAUCGCCCGGCUGCAACCACACUUGCCAUGAUGUCAAACCCAGUGACUAGGGCUGAAGUGCUUCAUCAGCUUCGCCUUAUAGUGUCUUCUGUUUGUCGUUUGCAGGCUUGGUCGCGAGGCAGAUUGGAGCGUCUUUUUGAGAUUAGAAUGGAAAUGGCAUCAAUACUUGCAGCUGUGUUCAGGGGCGUUCGAGUCCGUCGCUUUGUCCUGCGGAUCCGCAGCGCCAUGCUCAUUCAAAGCCAGUUCAGGGCUCAAGUUUGUUCCCUCGAGUUUCAAAGAAUGAGGAAGGGCUUCUCUUCCUUGCAGCUCAAGUGGGCAAUCUAUUCGUCCCGACCCGAGUUUAUUGCCAGGAUCGAAAAGCGCAACAAGGGUCUUUCGGCCUUUCAGAGAGUGGUCAAAGAGCAGUAUAGAAUCAAAUCAACCGCUGUUUUCAAAAUACAACGGCAGUGGAAGCUUCGUCGUGGUUUCAUCAAGCUUCAAAAGGUUGCAAAGCGGCGGUACAAUACAAAGACACGGGCAGCCGUUCGGUUGCAGCAAUUCUGGCGAAUGACAUCGGCUAAGUCGGCGUACUUGCGCCUGAAAUCAGCCAUUCUCUUGCAGAAAUUCUGGCGAAUGGCAUCGGCCAAGUUGUCUUACUCGCGAUUGAAAGCAGCGAUUCUCUUGCAAAAAUUCUGGCGGAUGGCAUCGGCCAAGUUGUCUUACUCGCGAUUGAAAGCAGCGAUUCUCUUGCAAAAAUUCUGGCGGAUGACAUCGGCCCAGUCGUCUUACUCGCGCCUGAGAUCAGCCAUUCGCUUGCAAAAAUUCUGGCGGAUGACAUUGGCCCAGUCGUCUUACUCGCGCCUGAGAUCAGCCAUUCGCUUGCAAAAAUUCUGGCGGAUGACAUUGGCCCAGUCGUCUUACUCGCGCCUGAGAUCAGCCAUUCGCUUGCAAAAAUUCUGGCGGAUGACAUCGGCCCAGUCGUCUUAUUUGCUCCUCAGAUCCAUGGCAGUUCGGUUGCAAUCCAGAUGGAGAUGCUUCUCCAUGAGGUCAUCAUUCUGUGUUCAACUGGAUGGAUUCUGUUGUUUGCAGCAACUCGCGAGGAAGAGCCACGAGACGAAGACUUUGGCAGUCGUGGUUCUUCAGACACAAGCGAGGAUGAAGAUUAUGGUCGAUAAGUAUCUUCGAAAACAAUUGGCAUCGUCCCUUCUUCAGAAGGCGUGUCGCGGGCAUUUGGCGUGCUCGAGGUACAGGAAGAUGUACAAUGGUUUUAGGCACGUCCAGCAACGGGCGCAACAAAGAUUUCUUGACAAGACAGUGGCCAGCGUUUUGAUUCAGCGCUUCUGGCGUAUGGAGACGCAGCGGGCCAAGUUUGACAAGCUGUUCAUUGGCGUCAUAAGCCUUCAGAAGCUGGCAAUCGAGGCUUUCGCAAGGAAAAGUGACGCCGCAACGGAUAUUCAAGCACGGUGGAGAUGUCACACGAACUAUUGCAUACUACAGGAAAAGAAAGAGGCCAGCAUCACCAUCCAGCAAUACCAGCGUCGGCAUUCAAGUCGUACCAAGACCCAAAAGAUGAAGAAUGGGUUUCUGACUCUGCGGGUGCUCGGGCAGGACCGUUUCCAGAAGAAGACCAAAGCCGUUAUUCGUUUGCAAAGAUUCUGGCGUAUGUUAUCAUGUAGUAUGGAGUAUUUUGCAAUUAUCGGGGCAACCAUUGCUCUACAAAGUCGCUGGCGCUCCCACUCUUGCCGAACCAAAUGGAUUACCUUUUGCCAUGGGUUCACUCGUCUUCAGCUCUUGGCCCACCGGGCCUACAUCCGAAAGACGGCAGCGGCGACCCUGAUCCAACGCGUCUGGCGAAGAUACUCCGCACUGGUAGCAUAUGAGACUUCUCUUCUUUCGGUGAUUCUUGUACAGAGUCAUUGGCGAAGACAUAAGUGCGAAGGCAGAUUUGCGGUCCAACUACGUGGGUUUUCGAAUCUACGAGACCUCGGAAAAGCACAAUUCUCACUCAAGACAGUGUCCGCCACGGCCAUCCAAGCGCAAUGGCGCAAGUCCUUCGCUAAGCACAACUUCUCGAUUGUUCGAGCUGCUGCAAUCUCGAUCCAAGCCCAGAUUCGCGGGAAGAUGCAACGUGCGGCUUAUAGUAUGAUGAUUCCUGGAUUCGUGUCCCUGCAAGUGCUGGCCAAGUUGUGGUUCCGGAUAAAAAAUACCUGUGCAGUCAAAAUUCAGACCGCUGCGCGUCGAAUGGCUGCCCAGAAGCGGUUCCAAUUCCAGCAGGGUGCAUCGGUCACAAUCCAGUGCGUGUUUCGAGGGUUUGUUCAGCGAAGAAAUCUUGCAGUCCUCCGCUGGCUCCAUUCCAUUGCUGCUACCAUGUUGGCGAGUUGGUGGAGAAGGAUUGCAUGCGAAUCGAGAUACCAACGCCUGCGGUAUGCAACCUUGGCUUUACAGUUUCGAGUCCGUCGCCGACGAAGGGAGCGCGCUUCAAUCAAAAUCGAGAGUUGGUGGCGCUGUUUGAGACAAAGGCAGGCAUACCUUCGCGAAAUUUCAGCCAUCACGCUCCAGGCACUGUGGCGCAGUUGGAGGCAACGGAGAGUCUACACGAGGAUUCUUGGAGCAAUAAGCAUACAGGCCUGGUGGCGCUGUUUGAGUCAGAGGAGAGCCUAUCUUAGGGAUAUGGCAGCGAUCAAACUCCAGUCCUGGUAUCGCUUUUUCGUGCAAAGGCAGCUCUACCUUCUUCAGAAACGAAGUGCGAUGAAGAUCGAGACCACAGCACGGCUGUACCUGACUUUCUGCAGAGAGCGUCACGCGGCCGCCAGAAAGAUCCAAGAAUCGUGGCUAGACGCCAAGAAGAGAUUUAUCCUCCGUUGCUUGAUUGCUGUGAGGCGACGAGCCAAUGCUGCCAAGUUGAUUCAACGACGGUACAGAGAGGUGCUGUUGUCACGGCGUCAGGAGGAGUUGCUUAGAGAAGUUGAGGCUGAAACAAAGAGGGCUCUCGACGAGACCAUGUCGGUCUUUUCGAACGAAUACCUUCUGUCCAGGUCUGCAUCGACAAUGUCAUGGCAAUCUCAGUACCCAAACAAGGCCCAAUCUUGUACCGCAAGCUCAAUGUUUUGCAAUUUUGAUUUUUCAAUGGCUGCAUUGGCCAUGCCUUGGGGCGGUCUGACAAAGAACGCAUCAGGUCGCAGUGUCUGUGGCGAUGAUUCUAGUUCCCGUCGUCGAAAGGAUCCAAAGAAGCCGGCUACCAUUCGAGAGGAGGCAAGAAGGAUGCGCUCUGCUAUCCUGAUUCAACGCGAGUGGAGAAUGUUUCAGUCGAAACGGAAAAAGGAACUCUAUUACAAGAACAUUUCCAGUGCGUGGAUUCAGUGCAUCUGGCGUGGGUAUGCUGCCCGAAAGAGAGCAGAGAAAAUCCGAAGGGACGCAGCGGCGACCAGGAUCCAAAAGGCUUGGCUCCGUGCCCAGAUCCGGAAACUGGAGUUUUUGCAGUGUGUCAGACUGCAAUCUUUCUGUCGAAUGGUUCACUGGAAGACGCAGUUUGCCAUCAUUCGCGCUUCCAGUCAUGAUGCCGCUGCCAGCAUCCAGGGGCUCUGGCGCAUGUAUUCUGCUCGAGUGUCUUUCAAACGCCUUGUCUCGGUUGCUUUGACACUUCAGAGAGUUACCCGAGAGAACAUAAGGAAAGAAAAGGCUGCCCGGAAGAUCCAGAAUGUGUGGUGGAUUUACCGAAUUCGUCGAGAAGUAUUCGAUCAGAAGAAGAACUCGACUUCGAGUCUCCCGGCCAUGGUCCUUCAGGCGGGGCUUGCCUGGGUGCUGUCGGAUCCUCGUGUGAUCGAGUUCGCCCUGAACGGAGGCAUAUAG